AGAGAAAUUUUUCGCGAUCUGUUAGGUUGGAUAAGAUUUCAGUUCUCAUUUAUUACUAAUUUAGCUGAGGUUUGAAUAAGAACUCGUAAAACUAUGGCAAGUUUACGAUUGAGAAGUGUUGUAAGCACAGUAAAUCGUGUAAGAAAUGGAGUAUUCUUGUCAAAGAAAUCGACGUUUUUAUCAUUUAAUCGCUAUCUUGCAACGGCUGAGACACCUCGAAAGCAUAUCAAAACGUCUGUGGUCGAUGAUGUUUUGGUAAUUAAAUUAGAUUCGCCGAAUGUAAAGGUGAACUCAUUAGGAAAAGAGAUCACGACAGAGUUCGACAGUAUCUUGAAAGAAUUCGAAUCGAAUCCCAAUGUCAAGUCUGCAGUACUUAUCUCGGGCAAACCAGGAUGUUUUGUUGCUGGUGCCGACAUCACAAUGUUAGAGCAAUGCAAAACAGCUGAAGAAGCACAAAAAAUUAGUCACGAUGCACAGUUAAUGUUCAAUCGUAUGGAGAAAAGUCCAAAACCAAUUGUCUGUGCUAUUAACGGUAUUUGUCUUGGAGGCGGCUUUGAAUUAGCUCUCGCUUGUCACUACAGAAUCGCAACAAAAGACAAAAAAACUGGUCUCGGUCUUCCUGAAGUGAUGCUUGGAUUACUUCCUGGAGCUGGUGGAACUCACCGUGUCCGUAGACUUUCGUCAAUUCCCACGACAUUAGAUCUUGCUCUCACAGGAAAAACGAUCAAAGCUGAUCGAGCUAAGAAAUUAGGUCUUGUUGAUUUACUUGUCGAUCCCCUUGGACCAGGUCUUGAAGACGCCAGCAUGAAUACAAUUAAUUAUCUUGAGAAAGUCGCAAUUGACAUUGCAAAAGAUAUUUCAAGUGGAAAAAUAAAAGUCAACAGAGAAAAAACUGGAAUCGUCAAUAAAGCCACAGAAUUCGUCAUGGGAAUUGAUUUUGUCAAAGAUCAAAUAUUCAAACGAGCAAGACAACAAGUUAUGAAGAUGUCAGCUGGUUUAUAUCCAGCUCCUUUGAAGAUUCUCGACAUUGUUCGUGUUGGAUGUGACAAGGGAAUGGAUGCUGGCUUAGAAGCUGAAAGAAUUGCUUUCGGACAAUUGUCACAAACACCAGAAUCGAAAGGUUUAAUUAGCUUGUUUAGGGGACAAACUGAAUGUAAGAAGAAUCGAUUUGGUGCACCACAACGCAAGACAAAGAACCUUGCAAUUGUUGGAAGUGGCUUAAUGGGAGCUGGAAUUGCCCAAGUCUCAAUUGAUAAAGGAUUUAAAGUUGUUAUGAAGGAUGCAAGUGAAAAUGGAUUAUCGAGAGGUAUUGGACAAGUUCAGAAAGGAUUGGAAAACAGUCUCAAGCGAAAGAAGAUCACAACACUUGAUCGUGACAAGAUUUUAACAAAUCUUCAUCCAACAUUGUCUUACGAAACAUUCCGUGACGCUGACAUGAUCAUCGAAGCAGUGUUUGAAGACAUUGGAAUUAAACAUCGUGUGAUUAAAGAAACUGAAGCGAUUAUACCUGAACAUUGCAUCUUUGCAACAAACACAAGUGCAAUUCCCAUUGCGAAGAUUGCCGCUGGUUCAAAACGGCCUGAAAAUGUCAUUGGAAUGCAUUACUUUAGUCCAGUUGAUAAAAUGCAAUUGUUGGAAAUUAUCACACAUCCAGGAACAUCGAAAGAAGCGAUGGCAGCAGCAGUUGAUGUUGGAUUGAAGCAAGGAAAAGUUGUCAUUAUUGUUGGUGACGGGCCAGGAUUCUACACAACGCGACUUGUAUGCACAAUGUCGUCAGAAGCUUGUCGAUUAAUACAAGAAGGUGUGGGUCCAAAGGAACUUGAUCACAUUAGUAAAUCUUUUGGUUUCCCUGUUGGUUCAGCGACAUUAGCUGAUGAAGUUGGACUUGAUGUUUGCACUCACAUCUCUUAUGAUUUAAUCAAAAGCUUCGGACCGAGAAUGGCUGGCGGAAAGAUUGAAGUUAUGAGUGACAUUGUCAAAGCUGGUUUCUUGGGACGAAAGUCAGGAAAGGGCUUCUUCAUAUAUGAUGGCCCAGCAAAAGGAUCUCGUGAUGUGAAUCUGGAAGCGAUGGAAAUCAUCAAGCAAAGAUAUUCAAUCAAACCCGUCGGUGCAAACUCACAUGAAGACAUGCAAUUGCGAAUGGUGACACGCUUCGUUAAUGAAGCUGUUUUAUGUCUUGAAGAAGGAAUUCUUGACAGUCCACUUGAAGGAGAUGUUGGAGCAGUGUUUGGACUUGGAUUCCCUCCAUUUACUGGUGGACCAUUCCGCUUCACAGAUCACUACACUGCUGGCAAAUUAGUCGACAAAAUGAAAACAUUUGCUGACUUGUUCGGAGCUCCAUUCCAACCAUGUCAAACUUUACUCGAUAUGGCUAAGGAUCCAUCGAAGAAGUUUUAUAAACAAAACUAAAUUAAAAUAACAUUUAGAGAUCAAUUGAUGCAUUAAGCGAAACAUUUCUCAGAUCGCAGGAAAAAAAAACUCUCAAAGUUAAAAAUUUUAUUUUUUAAUCACAUCUGAGAUGAUAAACAAUUUAAAUGCAAUUCAAAGUUUAUAAACAAUCAUUAAAUUAUUUUUUCAAGAUGCUUUUGAUGGUCACAAUCUUGAUCCAGUGGUUAAACAUAAUAAAGAAGGAAAAGUUUGAAUUUUAUAAGAAAAUAAAUUUUGUUGUUUGUUUUAUUGUUUAUUAAUGGUUUAUGAAGGUGGAAGGUGUGACAAUAUUUUCGAAUCUUUAUAAAGAACAAAAAGC